AUCAAACAUUAAUUGGUGCACCGCCUAAUCUAACUGUAAAUGAUCCACGUCAGCCUGAACAUACAAUUAACGUUAAUAGACACAUAGAAGUUAGCGAGCCAGCUAGUCGCAUUUAAUAGCACCGAAAUUAUUACCAGUCUUAGUAUACGAGGCAGAUGAUCCUGGUGUUCAUAUUAAUCAAAGUACAGUAAAUCUACCUGGUACUGUUGUCGACAACACUGUCAAUUAAACGCCAGAAAACGAAUCGAGCAAAAAUAUGUCCUGGAGUAAUACGGGCACCAUGGGAGACUGGAAAAAUACGGGUAACAUGGGUUCCGUGCAUAAUACGGGCAACAUGGGUCCGGUAAACGUGGGCAAUAAUGCCGGACUACAUGUAAAUGGUCCUGGUGCCGGCAACGAAACGAGCCCUGGGAAUAAUAGCCAGGGGCAAAGUGGACAAAGUGGUGUUAGUGGUGGCAUGGAAAAUUCAAGUGGCAAUAAGUCGAGUACCGGGCAGCAUUCUUUGUCUAAAAUUGAUCAGUUUCCUGAGAAAUAAUAUAAUAAUAUUAUUUACGCUAUUAUCAGGGUGUGACUAAAAAACCAACAUUUUGAAAAACCAACAAAAUUAAAAAACAACAAAAUUAAAAUACCAACAUUUUAAAAAAUUAAUGGA